AUGAAACCUGGGAACAGCGAAGAUCUGGCUCGGGAACUCAUACGGCAGGCGGCUUCGCACGAGAAGAAAACGGGCCUACACGCUUGCGGCACCACUUUGGCUGAGUUGGCGGCUUCACAAAAGGAUAAUGUGCGUUUUGACUUUUUGAUUCCGCAGUUGGAGGAGGCGAAUGCCCCAGAGGGGCGGGCAGAGCUUAGUAUUCGAAACUCGACGGGGGCAAGUGGACCGAACCUCAAAUUUGAAUUCAGUGGUUCAGGGCUGUGGACGCUCAUUUCUGGCACUAUGCUAAAUCCGUGCCAUGUUGUACUAGAGUUGGCCUCCGGUGCUUCAAGAGCUUAUAGGCGCACAGCGGUAUUGCCGGAUGUUUCGAUUCGAGUGGAGCGCAUGAACGUCGUGCGCGAAGGUUAA